UUUCUCAGAAACCAAACUGCCAUUCCCUCAACUGUAAAAAAGUAGAUUGCUUCGGAGGAGGAAGUUCAGAAAGAUGGCAAAUUCAUCGUUCUGUUCUGUUUGGGCGCUGAGAAACUGAGAAUUGAGAUUCAUUCAUUCAUUCAAUUCAUUAUAAUUUAUUUCCUUUUCCUCUUUCCUCUCGUGAUCUUUCUCUUUCUUCUCCUUUUAGGGUUUUUUUCCCCUUUUCAAUUUUGUGUCAUCGCGUCGUAUAAACCAAUCUUUGAAAAAAAAAAAAAGAAUUUGUGAUUGUCUGGGUUGAUUCGGGUGUAAUGUGGAUUUGAAUCGAAUUGGGUGGUGUGGAUUUUGAUUGAAGAGAUUCUUCGAUGAAGAAGCGGCAAUGAGGGAGUGGAAGAGAAAUGGAGGUUAGAUCUGAGAAUAUACAAGUGAGAUGCGAGAAGAUUCCAGCUCAGGUUGUUCCUAGGACUCGGUUACAGGUGUGGUUCAUUAGAGUUUGCUCCAGCAUUUUGCUGUGGACUUGUUUGGUCCAGCUCGUGGCUGUUGGCCAAUUAUGGCACUCGCAUCUGUUCACGGGAUUAACAAACCGGAUUUCGGGGGUUACGCGACCUCCGCUCUAUGGGGAAGUGGUUGUUCAAUCUCCGCCACCUCUCGUUCCUGCCAGAAUUUAUAAAAGCAAUGGUUUUCUUAGAGUUUCCUGCAAUGGCGGCUUGAAUCAAAUGCGUGCUGCAAUCUGUGACAUGGUGACUGUUGCACGGCUUUUAAAUCUCACUUUGGUUGUUCCAGAGCUUGAUAAGAAAUCAUUCUGGGCAGACCCAAGUAAUUUUGAGGACAUUUUUGAUGUGAGACAUUUCAUCAAUUCACUAAGAGAUGAAGUUAGAAUUGUCAAAAGGCUUCCAAAGAAGUAUAUUAGGAAAUAUGGCCAUGAAGAUUUUCAGAUGCCACCAAUUAGUUGGUCAAACGAAAAAUACUACUUGGAGCAGAUUCUCCCCCUAUUCAACAAGUAUAAGUUGGUACAUUUCAAUAGAACUGACUCACGGUUGGCAAACAAUGGGAUCUCACUUGAUCUUCAAAGACUGAGGUGUCGCAUUAAUUUCCAGGGACUGAAAUUCACUCCUGAGAUUGAAACUUUGGGAUACAAAUUGGUUCAUCUUCUUCAACAAAAGGGACCAUAUGUGGCUUUACAUCUAAGAUAUGAAAUGGACAUGUUGGCUUUUUCUGGCUGCACACAUGGCUGCACUGAGGAAGAAGCUGAGGAGCUAAAACGGUUAAGGUAUGCAUACCCUUGGUGGAGGGAGAAAGAUAUUGUUUCUGAGGAGAGGAGACAACAAGGAUUAUGUCCUCUGACACCAGAAGAAGCAGCUUUAAUUUUGCAAGCUUUUGGUUUUGAUAACAAGACACAAAUCUAUAUUGCUUCUGGUGAAAUUUAUGGUGGAGAAAAGAGACUGUCAGCACUAAGAGCUGCCUUUCCAUGGAUUGUGAAAAAGGAAACACUAUUAGAUCCUGUCGAGCUGCAACAAUUUCAGAACCAUUCAUCUCAGAUGGCAGCCCUAGAUUUUUUGGUGUCAAUAGCCAGCAACACUUUCAUUCCAACAUAUGAUGGAAACAUGGCAAAAGUUGUGGAAGGUCAUCGCAGGUACCUUGGGUUUAGAAAGAGUAUUCUAUUGGACAGAAGAAAACUAGUACCUUUGCUAGAUUUACACCAGAAUGGGACGCUUACAUGGAACGAGUUUGAGGUUGCCGUAAGGCAAGCACAUGAGAAACGGAUGGGACAGCCCAGCCACCGGACAGUUGUUUCAGACAAGCCGAAGGAGGAAGAUUAUUUCUAUGCAAACCCUGAAGAAUGUCUUUGUGAGGGAACAAGUUGUGAUGACUUACAGGGCCCUCGUAACUCAAGUAAGCUCUCAUGAAAGCAGAAAAUGCAAUCAUUUCUUCAUGGUGUGAAGAACUUCUCAUCCAUGCAGGCUUUAUGUGAGUUCUUAAAAGGCAUGUAUACACACUUUAGAGUGAGCUUUGUAAGAAACGGCAGCAAAAGUUCCUCUUGUUUCCAUCUGGGAUUUAGAAAGUUCAUUUGUUAUUCAUUCUUUUUUACUAAAAAAAUUAAUUUAUGUAUAUAAUAUCGUGCAAUUUUGUGGAUCUUCUGGGUUGUGCUGAUGCAUUCUUCAAUUACUAGAUGUGUACAUAAAUUUCCAGGUGAGAU